GUCAUGGGACUCUGUGUUUUCCAUCUUUCUGUGUCAGUAUGAGAGUGUGUCGGCAUCGCUGUUUACUGGGCGCAUUUGCCAUGCUGCUGUGUGCCUCGGUGGCCCUGCACCUGCUGGUGGCUCUGUUCCUCUUGUCAGCACAUCACACGACCUGCGAGCUCUCUCAGUGUUUAUUCACCCAGCCGCACGAUGACCUCACCUCAGCCAACCGUUCACACCCGGCCCCUUCCCACAUGGCUGCCGUCACCGGACGGUGGAAGCAGGAAGUGCGUGCUGGAGAGGUGAACAUUACCAAACUGGAGGCUCUGUUCUCCCACGCACUGUACAACCUGCAUGCCCCACCCUCUCAUGACGAUGACUGGCUGCUGAAAGUCCGCUCCAAAGGAAGUGAGGGGCACAAUGAGGAGCAGUGGUUGAGUGACAGCAAGGAAGGCUAUGAUCCUAUCCAGUGGAACACCAGUACUGAAACCCACCCACCUUGGCUGCGCUUCCACCUGGGCAUCUCUCGCUGGCAGCUCUACCAGCACAGGGACGCCAACGUGGCUGUUCUCCUCCAGCAGCUGGCAAUCAACCGCAUCGUCAGCGCAGUUCAGAAGACGGGGGGAACUCAGCUGAAGUUGCUGUUGACGUUCCCCAAUUACGGUCAGGCUCUCUUUAAGCCAAUGAAGCAGGAGAGGUAUGAGGAGACCAACGUGAACCUCUUCUACUUCUCGGACUUCGAGAGGCACAAUGCUGAGAUUGCAGCCUUCCAUCUGGACAGGAUCUUGGGUUUUAGACGCGUGCCUCCAGUUGUGGGUAGGCUGAUUGACGUCAUUAAGGAGAUUAAAGAUGUCACUACAGACCACAAACUAGCCAGAACCUUCUUCACCUCUCCAGUGGGCAACACGUGUUUCUAUGGCCAAUGCUCGUAUUACUGCUCCACGGAGCACGCCGUAUGCGGCCGUCCCCGGACCCUGGAGGGCUCCCUCGCUGCCAUGCUGCCUGACCUGUCACUGUCCCCGCGCCGUACCUGGAGGAACCCGUGGAGACGCUCAUACAGCCGCAGCAAGCUAGCGCUAUGGGAGACAACUCCAACUUACUGCAAUUCAGUAAAGAAGACUCCACCCUAUGACCAAGGCACUCGAUUGGUGGAUCUCAUAGAUAUGACCAUCCUGGACUUCCUUCAGAGUAAUAUGGACAGACACCACUACGAGACAUUCGAGAUCUUUGGCAACAACACGUUCCUCAUCCACCUGGAUAAUGGGAGGGCGUUUGGUCGCUACUCUAAGGACGAGCCCUCUAUUCUCACGCCGCUGGUGCAGUGCUGCAGGAUCCGCCGUUCGACAUUAUCGCGUCUGCGCCUGCUCUCUCUGCCCGAGUACCGUCUCAGUGAUGUCAUGCGGGCGUCGCUGUCACAUGACCCGCUGGCCACCGUGGCCCCCAUGCUCGCUGAGCCACACCUCUCUGCGCUGGACCGCCGACUGGACACUGUGCUCCAGGCCAUCCAGCGCUGUCUGCUCCAGUACGGUGAUGUCAUAUACGACGACAUCCCCAACUAUCCGGGCUAGCAGUGCGCACUGACUGCCUUAACACUAUGAUGACAUAUGGUGGUCUUGUAGACUGACUUACCCAUUAACUGACUGGUUUACUGUAAUGAUUGUCAUUACUGUAAUAAUGCUCAGUCAUUGAGAAUUGUUGACGGAUUUAACACAGUUCCUGCCGGAAAAUGUAACUGACACCACACAGACACCGGGAGUGUUUUUGA